GGUGGAUGUGAACGAAGGCCUCUGAUUCACUGAUAUCAGUCAACACCCAAAACAGACAGCCCCCAGGAGCGUCGAGGCGAAUUAAUGUCAAAAUGGACAGCAAAGGAAGGAAAAUCAUAGUUUGCGACAAUGGCACAGGGUUCGUCAAAGUGGGAUAUGCCGGCUGCAACUUCCCCGCCCACAUCUUCCCGUCCAUGGUGGGGCGACCUAUCAUCCGAGCCACAAACAAAAUUGGGGACAUCGAAGUCAAGGAAUUUAUAGGUGACCUCAUGGUUGGCGAUGAAGCAAGCAAGCUCCGCUCCAUGCUGGAGGUGACGUACCCCAUGGAGAACGGCAUCGUCAAGAACUGGGACGACAUGUGCCAUGUUUGGGAUUACACCUUUGGGCCGGAGAAAAUGGCCAUCAACCCCAGAGACUGCAAGAUCAUGCUGACAGAACCCCCAAUGAACCCCACCAAGAACCGCGAGAGGAUGUUGGAGGUAAUGUUCGAGAAGUACGGGUUUGCAGGAGCCUUUGUGGCUAUCCAAGCUGUGUUGACCCUGUAUGCACAAGGUCUUCAGUCAGGUGUUGUGGUGGACUCCGGUGAUGGUGUUACCCACAUCUGCCCCGUGUAUGAAGGAUUCACACUCCCACAAAUUAGGCGAUUAGACAUUGCCGGUCGCGAUAUCACCGUAUACAUGAUCAAGUUGCUGUUGCUGAGAGGGUAUGCGUUCAACCACUCAGCAGACUUUGAGACAGUGAGAAUGAUGAAGGAGAAACUGUGUUAUGUUGGCUACAACAUUGAACAAGAGCAGAAACUUGCAACAGAAACUACUGUCUUAGUAGAGAAUUACCAGCUGCCAGAUGGUCGUAUCAUUAAGGUUGGUGGUGAGAGGUUUGAAGCCCCAGAAGCCCUGUUCCAGCCUCACCUCAUUAACGUAGAAGGCCAAGGCAUUGCAGAACUCCUCUUCGACACCAUACAGCGCUGUGAUAUUGACAUUCGACCUGAGCUCUACAAGCACAUUGUUUUGUCUGGUGGAUCUACUAUGUAUCCCGGCCUACCAUCACGUCUGGAAAGGGAGUUGAAGCAGCUGUACCUGGAGAGAGUCUUAAAGGGUGACGUGGAGAGACUGUCCAAGCUAAAGAUCCGCAUUGAGGACCCCCCAAGGAGGAAGGACAUGGUCUUCAUUGGAGGGGCAGUCCUCGCCGAUGUCAUGAAGGACAGAGACAACUUCUGGAUCUCAAGAGAGGAAUACCAAGAGAAGGGCGUCCAAGCUGCAUUAGAAAAACUCAUGCCUGGCGGAGCUUCAUAAGAACAGUGGGGAUAGUGGAAGAGAUAGAUCAGUUGUUGCUGAUAUUGUGGUUAUAUUGAUGUCUCCCAUGACACUGUUGAUUUUACUUGAUGUCUAAGGCUCAGGCUGGGGUUUUAUCUUUAGUGGCCGAUGGAAGCAUAGGAAAAUGUCAGUUAUAUUUUAUAUGGUUGUCUUAACGGUUUAUGUAUUUUCAGCCAAUGCCUUAGUAGCAAGGAUGGAUGUGGAAAUCUUGAUUUUUUUAAAUCUCAAAAGAAAUGCUGUUGCUCUAGAGGGUUCCAACUGUUGUUAUGAAAAGCCAAGUAUUGUUUAAAGAUAUUGCUCUCAUUUCCCUCAAGUUACAGUUCUUCCACCAGUAUGGGUAUUGCAGUUGAAAUUUUGGCUGCAUAUUGUUUGUAAAGUUGUUGUUUUUCCCCAUAGAAAAAGAUCCUACUUCAGCAUUCUUUUUUUUUUUUUUUUUUCUAUUAAGCACAGUAGUG